GGCAAAUCAGGAUUCUUCCCCAACAACUAUGUUGAAGUGGUGGUGCCUUUGUCACACUGAAAUCAGCAAGGCAAGAGGGGGACAGCGUGAUGGAGAGGAUGAAUAGGCCAGCGACACUCAUGGCGGCUGCACCCGUCAGGCAGCGCUCCGGGCCGGGGGGACCCCGGGCGCAGCUCCCGCCCUGCUACUACGAAGGAUACCUGGAGAAGAGAGCUCCGAAAGAAAAGGCAUCCAGGCGACUGUGGACAUGUCUGUGCGGGAAUUCUUUGUAUUUCUUCAAUAAUGCCAAGGACACUCAUUAUGUGGAGAAGCUGGACCUCAGUGGGUUUGUGUCCCUGAAGGACGACUGCAGCCGGGACAGAAACCUGGAGGCAGCAAGACUCAUCCUGCGCAUGAAGGAUGGAGAGACCAAAAUCACAGCACCUAACUUGGAAUCAAGAGAGCUGUGGAAAGGUUUCCUCUACUCCGUCGUAGAUCUGAAUGUACCAUCCUGUCUCACGUUGCUGCCGGGCCAGCUGCAGAUGCUGAAGGAGGUGGUGGACAAAGAAAGGUCCAGACGGAGAACUCGCACUCCCACGCGUGCUCCUCCCUCACCCCUCUCCGUGCCUUUAGUGGGAGAGAUCCCACCGUGUUUUCGCCCGGUGUCUCGAACAGAGGCUGAAGUCCUCUUAGAGAGACACCCAGACUGCGGCAACAUGUUGCUUCGUCCAGGCAGAGAUGGAUGCUCACUGGCUGUCACUACUCGGCAGGACCUCAAUGGGUCGGUGUUCAGACAUUACCGUGUGACUCAGAGGGACCAAGGCGGUUACGUCAUUGAUGUAGAAAAUCCUAUUCCCUGUGCUGACCUUCACGAGGUCAUUGAUGCUCUUGUAGAGAAGACAGCGGGAACUCUCCAGCCUUUCCUACUGGAGGAGCCUUAUGAAGAGAAUAUCACAUACGUUUCCGCCAAUGAUGAGAACGGGGAGAGGAUCCUCCACACUGCCCCCUCCAGCCCCCUGCCAAAGGCUCCUGCCCUGCCUCCUAAACAAGAUCGUUGGUCCAGCAGCCCCCUGUCCAGGUCUCCUGCCCCCGACCGCCGUAUUCUGACCUCACCAGUGCCGGCCUCGCCCACCAACCCGAUGAGACGACUCAUUCUCUCCCCUUCACCUCUCGCACAGACACUCAAUGAGGAACUCAAAAUAAAGCUGGAGAAGAGACGAGCCAGCCAGGAGUGACAUGCUCGUAAAGAGCGACCUCCCAUCACAGCAUACUCAAUCUUCAGUGCCGAACCCCUUCUCACCGCAGCUAUGUAUUCAUCCUGUGCCUUCUUGGUGGAAGACAAGGGACUACAACUUGUACACUCGUGAGGAAAUAGAAAAUGUUCUGAAUUUCAUUAUUUUGGUCUGUUGGACUUGAUUGAUGGUUAAAUUAACUCUGAUCAGCUCCUUAAGAGCAAUACUGGCUGGUUAAACACUGGAUUAGGUUCAUAAAACCUCAUAAAAUGCUGCCUUCCUUGGAUGGGGUGAGCCACAAUCCGCUAGUGCUACUUCCACUUACAUAAAGCUGUUUACAAACUGCCUAUAAACAAAAAAAAACAAAAUAGUGCCACAUUAAAUGAAUCAAUAUGACUGGCAGCUAAGACCUAUCAGCGAAGCACGAACACGUGCUGGACCACCAACUGAGCUUAUGUUUUUUCCCCAUCUGAGCCGCUGUCUGAGUGCUGAGCUGCUGAUGUUCAUGCUGCAACACUGGAGACUGAGAACAAACAAACCACAGACUGCCAAGAUCAACACUGGAGCGACUAACUCUGACCUGAAACCUAGAACACUUCUAUCUGCCCCUGAAAGUAAAAUAAGCCAGGCACACUCAGGUUUCAGCUCAGCAACUCUCUUCAUUCCCCUCAUUUCAUGACUGAAAAACAUGACUGAAAAAAAGAAAAGAAACUGCACAAUCUCUGCCUGCUGCUCUUGAGUGCUGUUUGUGAUUGAUAAGCAACCAUUAAUGUAUCGUUGAUUCUAAUGACACUGUUGUUGUGGCUCAUCCAUGACUCAACUUUUACUGUGCCGUCGGUGCUUAUUUUAAAGUGUUUCCUUAUUCUCUGCUACUGUGUACGUGCUACUGUACGGUGCUAUGGACUCACUGGAAACUCCAGGUGAUUUCUGUUCCUCUUCAAGAAAAUCAAUCUACUGUAUUCAUAUGUGAGGGUGCCCUCUAGUGGAAGCUAAAAGGGACAGAAAAUGUAUCAGCACCCUUUUACCUUGCAAACUGAACCUGGUGAAGACUUUUGGCUUUAUCACAGCAUUAUGCCAAGCCCUACCUCUCUACCUUUAAUAGCAAAAUUAUAAUUUAUUACAGUUCUGUCUGUUUAGACAAUAAGUAUUUCUAAAUGGGAAUCUCUGUCUUACAUUUCUGUCAAUUGGCCAGUCCUUACAGUUUUGAAAUGUCUUGAGUAGCCUACCUACUAGUGGCAAACUGUGAUCAACUGACGCAUAAGUGUCUUCUUGCAGUUAACAGUUUCUUGUAUGUUUGUACAUGAUUUGUUGUGUCCACUUGAUCACUAUCAAAGAAUAGUGUUUGUUAGAUAACAUGGGCAUUAAAUUGUUUUGCAUGGA